CAAUGAAAGCAAUCAGACAACUUGACUACCAGCGAGUGAUGAUGUCAACACCAAUGCCGACCUCCACCUCCACCAGGGCCCACGGACAUAUUUGGUUCGAGGCAUGGCCUUUUCUCCAGACUCUGCAAAGUUGGCCGUUGCUCAGAGUGACAACAUUGUUUUCAUCUACAAAUUGGGGUAUGACUGGGGGGACAAGAAGUCUAUUUGCAACAAGUUCCAUCAAUCGACAGCAAUUACUUGUGUGACGUGGCCCAGCCAGCAUCAUCAUGAAGUGGUAUUUGGCCUUCUGGAGGGAAAAGUUAAGGUUGGACAGUUGCGGAACAACAAAGCCGGAACGCUCUACACUCAUCCUGAGGGGAGUGCUGUUGUUGCUUUGACUUCAUCACCAGAGGGCAAUGCCAUCCUUUCUUGUCACAUGGAUCGUUCGAUAUACAGAUUUGUGUUCGAUGAUGGCGCAGUUGGAUCUGUAGCGAUAAAGCUAGCACAACAUGACCAUGGCGGAAGGGAUGCAAAGGCGGUGAGUUCCUUUGGUAUCGAUGUAGAGGAGAUGGUCGAUGAGGGAGUAGUCAGGGACAAUGUCAAGGUCGCGGAGUUUGGUGUAGGUAGGGGCGAAGUCGGGGCAGGAGGUGUAGCCAUGGAUCAAGCAAUGCUGGAGAGAUUGGGGGAGGUUGACAUGGGUCAUGGCAGUGAAGACUUUCUCGGGGGGCUUGCGAUCAGGUCGGUGAGAGAGGGCAUCGGCAACACGAUUGGUUUAAUUGGGAGUAUGGCAGAUGGUGAAGGUAAACUGGCCGAGAAAGUCCAGCCAGCGGGCCUGGCGAGGGGUGAUAUCCUUUUUGGUGAGGAUACUAGAGACGACAGUCUUGUCGGUGUGAAUGGUGAAGUAUUGGCCAUCGAGGAAGUCCGUGGGAACACGAGGGUGAUAGUCGAGGUCGCAAUAGUAAGGCGGCAUCCUCGUGGCUGGCGAGACGACGUGGUUGUAGGCUAUCUCCGCGUGGGCAAGAUGGAGAUACCGCUUCUGGUCAUCACAAACAAUCUGUCGGAGAAUAUCUCGAAGAGUCAUAUUGGUGACCUUGGUCUGACCAUCAGUCUGGGGAUGGUAGGACGAGGAGAAGCGGAGCAGGGUGCCGUACACCUCGUGGAGUCGUCGCCAGAAUCGGCUGGUAAAGCACGGGUCACGGUGUAGGCCCAAACCCUAGUAUACUUUCGAGCCUUGGUCGACCCCACUGCGGGUCCCAGUUGGCUCGGCCGGCCCACGCUCAUGCUCAGGGCGC